UUUUGAAGUUCAGUACCUGAUGUGAUCACCCACGCUAACUUUGCUAGCAACCCUGGAGCAUCAGGAUAACAUUAGCUUGCUAGCUUAAAACUCUGCUGUCAACAGACGAUUAUUCGCGUUAAAUCAUCGAUGAGUCGCAAAAGAAACCCCAGUUUCUCGGACACUAACCUGUCCCCACGGCUCCAGGGUGCUUUCAUGGAGCAUACCGGGUUGACAGACGGCGAUUUCCUGGCCGUGGAGCCCGACGAGGAGUUGCUGUGUUCGGUCAGCGACAUCAGCGAGCACCUGGGCAGGAACAUCAGCGUGGUGCUGGAGACUGCGCUCGCCGAGAUCCGCCAAAUGGUCAGCAUUAGGAUAAGGGUGCUCAAAAUGGAGCUGCGGGAGAAAACGGAGGAGAUCGCGGUGUUAAAGGCGAGGCUGAGCGGCGUGCACAGGGACAGCAAGGAGCUCGGAGGAGCGGGUGUGGAGGCGGAGGCUGCUGCCUGUAAGAGGUCCGAGGCGCCUUCCAAGCUGCCUAACGCCGACCCCAAGAGAGCCAAGUCCGCCCUGCCAGGGGUGAAGAAAGAAAACAUUGACGCCAUUUGUGACUACCUGAUGAAGGACAAGAACUCCAGAGGGGGCGCAGAGAUGGACGGGGAGCAGAGCGGUCAAGAAAGCGAUGACAGGGGGGCUCGCUCGGAGGAAGAGCCGCAGCCCCUCAACCUGUGGCCGGACAGCGCGCUGGCUGCCUCCGGGCCUGGGCACGCAGACUCCAGUGCGGAGGACAUCUUCAACAUGCUGCCCACUAGCAGCAAGCGCAUUUAUGACUACGAGUGGAUGGCUCCCAUGGAGUACUCCGCUGACAUGAAAGUAAUAAAGCAGCCUGCGUGUGAGAAUACUUCAGCUGACAGAACCGAGGUAGAAGAGGACAAUGAAGGCUCAUCGAGACUAGAACAGACGGUGGCCCGCUUCUCACACGUUCCGCCAGCUGAUUUCUCCAUUGUGGAGGCCGAGGGUGAGAAUCCCCUGCAGGGCAACAAUGACGGACCUCAGACAGGUCAGCAGUUUCCCAACCACACCUUCAUAUGUUCUCUGUGCGGAACCUUCUGCCCUGACUCAGCGUUCCUGGAGGAGCAUAUUAAACUGAUACACUCGGACACAGCAGGUGUGCAAGCCCUCCAAGCCCUGCAGAGCAUUGCCGGAGCUCCGCCCACUGCAGAGGACAGCAGCAGAGUUGGGACAGGACACGAUGAAUCUGGCAAAGGACAGACAGCGAACAUAAGGGACGCUGCGUCGGACGCCAACAAGGAGGUUAAACUCAAGGGCAGAUACGAGUGCGGGGACUGCGGACGCCAUUUUAACUACCUAGGGAACCUUCGGCAGCACCAGCGCAUCCACACGGGAGAGAAGCCCUUUGUGUGUCCAGACUGCGGGGAGAGGUUCCGUCACGCGGCCCGCUUAAAGAGCCACAGGCUGGUGCACAGCGGCGACCAGAGCCCCUUCCCUUGUCCUCAGUGUGGCAAAGGCUUCUCUGUCCUCUCCGGACUUAAGAGACAUCAGCGCGUUCACACUGGCGAGAGUCCGUAUGCCUGCCCGCAGUGUGGCCGCCGCUUUAAAGAGCUGGGUAACCUAUACACCCACCAGAGGAUACACAGCGGGGCCACGCCCUACUGCUGCCAGCAGUGUGGCCGCAGCUUUCGCCACUUGGGCACCUACAAGAGCCACCGAUGCAUGCCUGCAGAGUGACACCUGCCUUACAGAUGUGAUGUCCAAAUGCUGAUAUGAACUCUAAUUAGAGACAAUAUUAAACAUUGAUAAAUAGGCCAUGUACUAAUACGAUCAACUCACAGAACGUAAACAUUUUUGGACAAUUUAUUGACUUACCAGCAUCCUGUUUCUUUAAUAACACUACACUGUGGUGCCUCCUCUUUUUGUCUGCUGUAGGACACAUACAAUGGGAACAUAUGCAUUAAAAUCAAACACAUGAAAACAUGAGAGAAGACCAAAAUAAGUCAUAUGAAGCCUUUGGGUAUGGUAGCGCCCUCGUGUGGACUGUACAAGUAAUGCAGGCAGGUUUCCAUUCUUUGUGCUAUAUUAGUUUACAGCAGACAUGUAAUCAAGUCAUCAUCUAUUGAUAUAAGUUAUUGGAUGUUUCAUAGGCUGCUUAAAGUCUAACACAUUUUUAAAAGGUGCCAAAUAAAUUCCCAACUGAUGUCUGAUGUUAUUGAUCGAUUGUC